AUGAUCUGUCUGAUUCAUGUCGUGAAGAAACCACAGCAAGCAUUCAUCAAGUGGCCCAUCUCCCUUCCUGGGGCUCUUUGGCCCAUGAACCUGCUCUUGAAGCUCUGGGAUGUGGAUGAGUCGCCCACUCACUUCCCCAUCUUCUACACCUCACGGAAGCAGGAAGGAGGGGCUGCCGAGGACCCCAGGAAUGCGGCCCCAGGAGUCACCAUGCAGAUGAAGAAGGGAGGCGCCCUCAUAUUCGGGCAGCCUGGGAACUGGGAUGUGUUCCAUGCAGGGAAAAAGUCUGGCAGAAGCAAGCCUUGGCUGGCCAUGUGCACCUCAUUCCAUGCCAUUCCAACCGUUGCUGUGCUCCCAGGCUUAUAUAAGAAGAACCAGUUUUCCCACUUCAUGAUUUUGCAGCUUAAUGGGAUGGAUAUGGAAGAGAAUAAUUUAGCAUCUAGACAGGCACAAUCGCAGACGUACACAGAGGCUGGAAGACGGUGCACACCAUUGAGAUACGUGUCUCAUCCAGCCCGCCACAUGCAGCCGGAACCAGGCCACCGCCUGGGUGUCCCUUGUGUCCUGUCCUCCUACCUCUUCUCUCUGGUCCCCACAUUCCUUCCAGAGUUUCUCAUACAUGGAUUGCUCCCAGGCUCCCUUCCAUUGGGGGCCAGAGGUUCUCACAGAGCACAGAGAAGGAGACCAUUGGCCCCUGGGACCAUCAGGGGAAUGAUCUAGAAGUCAAGCAAAUGUUCUAGCCCUUCAGGGUCUUCAAGGUGAGUCACUUGGGGUGAACCAAACAUUUCUUAUGCACACAAU